AAUCCAACGCCACAUUGAAGGGAAGACAAAUUUCUUAGGAUACGUUCUCAUUAGGCGACUUCUCGCUCGCCAACCUGUGACCUAUCAGGUAGAUCGACCGGGCUCAUGUAUCUUGUGCUUUACUGGUGACGGCUUCUUUACCCUCCCAGAGCAGAACAGCGAGUACUGUCCUUUAUUCCAACGCAAAGACGUGUGGCAUCUCAUCGACAGCACGCACGAAGACCCCAUAAUUCACGCGAACACCGCCCACACCCAGGCGCUGAUGUGGGGCACGUGCGGCAAGGCUAUUUUCACCACCUUCUGGCCCGAUAAGCUGGGAUUUAACAUUGAAUGGUCACCUGGAUAUGAAGUUGCACUCCAGCGGUGGAUGCCCCCAUGUCCUUGGGAAGAGAUCUUUGCUAUGAGGUGAAAUUUAUGUAUAUGAAGUUAACAAUCAAUGACCAUCAUCGUCAGCGCUCUUACUGCAGACCGACACAACGUCGAGCUCCUGCUAUGGACAUACACUCAUUUUGGGUCCAAUGCGCACACUUGUAUGCAAGUGUCUCAUGAUCCCAGUUAUGCCGAGCAUUAUGUGAACGAGCUAGAGGACGCCCACGAUAAUUUCUGGAGUCUGCCUGCCUCACUACGCGAAAUAGAAUCCCAAUAUAAUCGCAGCCUAUUUGCAGUUAAACCGGGCGAUACCCGCGCAGAACCGCUUCCCUAUCCGGUAUCACAGGUCGCCAGCAAGAUUUUCGCGGAAGGACUCGUCUCCAUCGACCCAACCGCUGCCAAAGAGGUCGUCUACAACCUUCUCCACUCACCCGACACCAAAGCGGAGGGUGAGAUGUUCUAUCGUCAGGUUGUGGUAGCCCUCAUGUCCAGAUUCGGAGGGACCUUCGAGCUUGGGUAUCGGGAUUCUCUGGCGCAUUGUCAACUGGCCGAUGAAGGCCUUUUCCUGCGUACCAAAUCUGAGGUGCCACACGGGGUCCAGUUGGCUUACCGGACCCAAGACCAACUUGUGAAGCUAGCAACGAACUAUCCACACAUUCUCCACACCCCAAAGCAUGCGCUUUUGCAUCCAGGGAUUGAUGCGAUCAUGUUCGAUUCCAGCACCUCAACAGUGUGGCUUAUGCAGGUGACCUAUGGACCUCCACGCCCAAUAUCUUCGCAUGGUCUUGUGUUCUUGUUGGACGCCGUCCGAUGCACUGCUUACGAGCCGUCCCCCCUCCGCCCCUGGAAGCUCAUCUUCGUUACACCACCCAGGCAAGACAUCACAGACUCCUUCCAACUCGGUGGAUCCGACAAAUCAGAGUACUUCACUUCCAUGUUCUGGGACACGCGCAUGAAGUCAUAUGUCAUGCAGCUUCGCGAUGUGGAUGAUGACGUGCACUCUUCGAACAGCACAUAUAAGCAAUGGGGUUUCCCCCUGUGGAAGAACUCAUUGAUCAGCCUCCCACGGAUUGCAAACUUGGCGCACCUCGCACUAAAACCGUGGCGCGCAAUUGGUUCCGACUGUGUAGACCAGGUAACGAUGGGGCUUUGGGGUACGUUCAUACGGACACCAGGGGCUCAUUUGCUUGGAGAUAUGAUGAGUGAGCAACCGAUUGGGCCGAGUGGGCUCCACACGAGAUUUCCUCGGGGUAAUAACUCAGGGAUGUACUAUUAAUACUUUGGGUCGCUUGAUAUACAAGUUGUGAUGAAAAAAAUAUUGGAUCUUCUU